CAAAAGACGAAGCAACUACAGGGCACGAGUCGGAUUGUCUUCCACAGAAAAAUAAAUACCACGUCUCAUACAGAAAUGGCAAUUCAAAGCAAAAUCAUCGUCGAGCCGAUUACGCCCCCGGCUGGCUUCCGGUACGACCUCGGAGCCGAACUCCGGGGAGCGGACUUGGAGAAUAUUUCCGAUGCCGACUUUGAAGUCAUUCGGCACGCACUCUACGAACACCAAGUCAUUCUUUUCAAAGGGCAACAGAAUUUGUCACCAAAGGCGCAGUACGAGCUGACACAACGCUUCGAUCCCGCCGCCCAAACAUACGGACAUGGAAAGACUCUCGAUGCGAAACGUUCAAUCCUUCACCCGGAUCUGAAGACCAUUCCUCAUCAACCGCAGGUUCAGGUCAUCGGCAAUGGUCCUGUCGCGGAAUUCCAAGGCCUGAAAAAUAUCACGCUCAAGCACCCGCACCACAAGACUUUCCACAAGAAUGUCAUAUCCGACGCCGACGAUCGCGACUUUACCCGUUUCUUCCGCUGGCACAUCGACGCCGCCUUAUACGACCUCCACCCACCGCGCGUGACAAGUCUCAUGGCCGUCUCAGUGCCCAAGUCCGAACAACAAACUCUUCGCUACGACGACGACAGUGGCGAUGUCCUCCCUGUGCCCCGUGGAAGCACUGUGUUCGUCAGCUCCUUCACAAUGUACGACUUGCUCUCCGAGGAAGACAAGGAGUUUGUCCGCACCACACGCGUACAAUAUGCCGCUCACCCAUACAUCUGGAUGAGCCAAGCCAGAUCCAAAUCCGACGGCCUCGGCCUCGUCUCUGAAGGCCGUGAGCUUCCUCGCUCUGACCUCCCCGAAAUCGACGAGAGCAAAGUUCAGAUCUUGCCCAUGUGCUGGCGCAACCCCGUCACGGGCAAACUCGCCCUACAAAUCCACCCAUCAGCGAUUGAAAAGUUGCAUCUCGCGGACGGAACCGUGAUCGAUGAUCUGCAAGAAGUUCGAGAGAUCGUGCAUCGGUUCCAAAGACCGGGUAUUGCUCCCGAGUUGGUGUACGCGGUGAAUUGGGAAGACGGGGAUCUCGCACUUUUCAACAAUCACGGUGUUCUCCACUCCGUCACGGGUUCAUUCAAGCCGGACGAGGUUCGGAUCUUCCGACAAUGCAACCUUGCAGCAAGUGAAGCACCGCUCGCUCCUCUCGUUGCACUCCAUGCUUAGACUUGACCUGCCUUGAAAUCAAUGGAUUUUCUCUCAAUGGGAUACAAUGAGGAACUGCGCCAUAAAUGCGUCGUGGAGAAGGUCUUGUUUUCUGGGCCUACGCCCGUUGUUUCGGUCGUGACAUUUAUGCAGUCUUUUUGUACAAUAAAUUGAGUGGCAUUUCAAUGCUGAAAUGAUUACGCGGCUUGAUCAAUAAAUUACAAAGUUGUUUCUGCUUGUGCGGUGUCCUCGAUGGAUGUCCAAUGCAAGUGUCGUCCCGUUGAUGAAGAACAUCGCCCUGGAAUGCGCGUUUGUCUACAGUCAGCGUCGCCUAGACUCGAGACAAGCUUGCGACUAGAACUAUGCUUGACCAUGAGAGAACGGCGUGAGCUUCUCCGUCAAUUUGGUGCCACCUUAUCGUUCCUCGCUCGAGCACCAAGACGACCAGAUCUUGCCUUAAACCUUGGAAGGAGGAAUCGCGA